AUGCUCAUCACCGUCCUCCUCGGCAAGUAUGACCUCACCAACCACAUCUCCAUCGUCACGCCGCCGGACGCCCGCACGGCCGACUGGCAGUGCCAGGACUACGUCGUGCGCUCGUGGAUCUACGGCUCCAUCAGCGAGGACAUCCUCGACACGAUCAUGGCUCAAGAUCAGACCGCAUACGAGGCCUAUGCGCUGAUCAGGAACCUCUUCCCCGACAAUCAGCUCACUCGCGCCGUCUACCUCGAGGCAGAGUUCCGAGCAAUCGUUCAAGGCGACCUCACCAUCACCGCCUACUGCCAUCGCCUGAAAGCCCUCUCCGACGAGCCCGCGGACGUGGGACAGCCCAUGACCGACCAGACCCUGGUCCUCACCUGUCUCCAGGGGCUCAACCCCCGCUUCUUGUUGGGGAACGCACUCGUCAACGCCGCCCCGGGCGGCCCCGUGCCGUCUCAGGUCGCCCUCUAUGGCAACACCGCCGGAUCCUCCAUCGGCGGCAACUCAGGCGAAAACGGCGGCCGCCGGUCAAAGAAGAAAAAGAACGUCGAGGGGGGCGCUGCCAACUCCAACACUGCCUACCCCGCCGCCGCACCCGGCCCGUGGAUCUGCUUCAACCCCUACACCGGCCAGACUCAGCAGAUGCAACUCACCUGGCACCCCUACGGCGCUCCGGCUGCUCCCACCGGGGUCGCUGGCCUCCUCGGGCCAGCCCUGCUGUCCACCGCUCUCGCGCCACCGCCUCGCCAGUCCACCUUGGUGCCCCCAGGCCAGGUCGCCUACACGACCCAACUAGCACCCCUGCGUGGCCAGGCUUGGGGCACCAACCCGCCUCCACCGGCGGUGCCUACAACCCCGCCGGCACCGUCCAGGCCCCUGCAUGGGACUGCUCCGCCCUUGUCGCCGCCCUGA